AAUCAAUCUUGUUUGAAGACGACACUACACAUCCCACCUUGUACAGGUAACCAACUCGCGGCAUGGACUUAGACCUGGACCACUUGCACAACGACGACGAUUUUCAUGUCAUGGACCUAAAUGUCAUGCACAAGAACUUAUACCCCGAUAGCCCAACCAAUGAAAGCGCCUCGACCCACAUGCGGCGGCGAGCGUUGUCGCUGAACAAAAUCACCAUCGAAGAUUUCUACGACUUCUUCGACAAACCCAUCGUGGCUGUGGCGCGUGAGUUUGGCGUGUGCACGACGUUGUUCAAGAAAAUCUGCAGGAAAAGUGGCAUCCAUCGAUGGCCGUACCGAAAGAUCAGCUCGCUGUCGAAAACAAUCGACGCCAUUGAGGACACGCUCCACCAAGACCUCAGCGCUAUCGAACGCAGCAAAAUGAUGUCGCAACUGGACGAUCUGCAAAAGAAGCGCGACUACGUUCGAAGAAACCCGAACUCAAAGGUCGCUCUCGUCAAGCCCGCCGAAGCCCUCUCGCUCGCGAGUCGGUUAAAGCCAACUAAACCACAGCCAGAGAAUCAAGGGUUUGACGACUCCAACUCCGAGCCGUACAGCGUCGAGUCUCCCCGCGACGACAUCCACCAGAGCCAUCGCACAGCAUACGAUUUUGACGACUCUAUCGAGGACGAGUUUUCACAGUUUCCCAACCUGUACAGCCACCACCACUUGCUUCCCCCCACCGACUUGGCGCUCGACGAUUACAGCUGCGUUGUGGAAAUUUAGCCGCCCAUCGAACUAAUGUGUCAGAUUACAUCAAUUGUUCACUUUGAACCCGUUUUGAGAAUACAUUUCAUAUCAAAUAUGGGGGCGUGUUCAUUCUACCAGU